GCAGCCUUACCUGUCACCAGAGGAUCCACACCGGGGAACGGCCCUACAAGUGUGGGGAUUGUGGGAUGGACUUCAGGCGCCGUUCCAAUCUGGUCCAACACCAAAGUAUCCACACUGGGGAGAGGCCCUACAAAUGUGGGGAUUGUGGGAAGGACUUCAGGCAACGUUCCAACCUGACCCGUCACCGAAGUAUCCACACUGGGGAGAGGCCCUACGAGUGCUCAGAGUGUGGGAAGGACUUCAGGCGCCAUUUCAGCCUGAUCCGUCACCAAAGUAUCCACACUGGGGACAGGCCCUAUGAGUGCUCAGAGUGCGGGAAGAGGUUUUACUCCUGCUCCCAUCUCAUGCAGCACCGGCACAUCCACACUGGGGAGAAACCCUAUGAGUGUGGGGUGUGUGGGAAGAGCUUCAGUGACAGGAGCACGCUGAAGCAGCACCGGAGGAUCCACACUGGGGAACGGCCCUACAAGUGUCAGGAGUGUGGGAAGAGUUUCCGGCUGCGCAGCCAAUUGAUCAGCCACCAAAACAUCCACACGGGGGAAAGGCUCUACAAGUGUCAGGAGUGUGGGAAGGACUUCAGGCACUGUUCCAACCUCAUCCGUCACCGAAGUAUCCACACUGGGGAGAGGCCCUACGAGUGCUCAGAGUGUGGGAAGAGGUUUUACUCCAGCUCCCAGCUCAUGCAGCACUACCAGACACACACGGAUGAGAGACCCUACGAGUGUCCUGAUUGCGGGAAGGGCUUCAGGGAGAACUCCACCCUCAUCACCCACCGGCGCAUCCACACCGGGGAGAGGCCCUACGAGUGUCCCGAGUGUGGGAAGAGCUUCUCCUGCAGAUCAACCUUGGUCAGUCACCAACGGAGGCACCAUAUCCACACUGGGGAGAGGCCCUACAAAUGUGGGGAUUGUGGGAAGGACUUCAGGCAACGUUCCAACCUGACCCGUCACCGAAGUAUCCACACUGGGGAGAGGCCCUACGAGUGCUCAGAGUGUGGGAAGGACUUCAGGCGCCAUUUCAGCCUGAUCCGUCACCAAAGUAUCCACACUGGGGACAGGCCCUAUGAGUGCUCAGAGUGCGGGAAGAGGUUUUACUCCUGCUCCCAUCUCAUGCAGCAUUACCAGUCACACACUGAUGAGAUACCCUACGAGUGUCCUGACUGCGGGAAGGCCUUCAGGAGAAUCUCCAGUCUCAUGAAACACCGGCACAUCCACACUGGGGAGAAACCCUAUGAGUGUGGGGUGUGUGGGAAGAGCUUCAGUGACAGGAGCACGCUGAAGCAGCACCGGAGGAUCCACACUGGGGAACGGCCCUACAAGUGUCAGGAGUGUGGGAAGAGUUUCCGGCUGCGCAGCCAAUUGAUCAGCCACCAAAACAUCCACACGGGGGAAAGGCUCUACAAGUGUCAGGAGUGUGGGAAGGACUUCAGGCACUGUUCCAACCUCAUCCGUCACCGAAGUAUCCACACUGGGGAGAGGCCCUACGAGUGCUCAGAGUGUGGGAAGAGGUUUUACUCCAGCUCCCAGCUCAUGCAGCACUACCAGACACACACGGAUGAGAGACCCUACGAGUGUCCUGAUUGCGGGAAGGGCUUCAGGGAGAACUCCACCCUCAUCACCCACCGGCGCAUCCACACCGGGGAGAGGCCCUACGAGUGUCCCGAGUGUGGGAAGAGCUUCUCCUGCAGAUCAACCUUGGUCAGUCACCAACGGAGGCACCAGUAAGAGAAGCCAUGUGAGUGCCCUGAGCGCAGGAAGAGCUUCGUGCGCUGCUCCAACUCCAUCCCCCACUGGAUGACCCACAAUCUUCAGAGCCCUGGUGACCCACAUUCCCUGGGAUGCAGUUUGGGAAGGCACCUGGCUGGUUAUCCUUUUGUUUUGGCCUUAUUUUUUGUCUGUCCUCCAUCUCUUUGUGCUCCAAAGCCAAGAGGGAUGGGCCUGUCCCCUCUAAACCACUCAAAUUCCCAUGAACACACCUCAACUUCAACCCAGAAGGGCUCCAUCCCACCUCCAAGUGGAUUGUUCCCGCCUCAAAACAACUCAGUCCCACACGAACCUUGCUGGAUUCCACAGUCACCAGGGGGAGAAGGGGUUGGAAGGAGAUUGGGAGGAGUGGGAUCCAAAUUUCGAGCAGUGGGAUCGGGAUUGUGUGGGACUGGCUGGGCAGCUUGUAUUUGAUAGCAAAUAAAAUUUUCGCGGUUCCUGAUUUCUGUCCCGUUCACUCUCCGUCAGUUCCAGUUCUGUUUUCAGUGGCGCCUUCUCAGCUGAUU